GCGGAGCACCUUCUGAGGUCAGCUAACGCUAGGCUAACUAGCUGUCUUUUUUCAAUCAUUCAAUUCAUCUGGGUCAGCCAGUCAUUUUGAGUUUCUCCCCUUUAACCAAAAUAAAGGCAAUGACCUGACCAAUGGACCGCUCCAGUCUCAGCUCAAUCAGAGGGCCACUAGUGGAGGUAGAUCAUGAAUGACAAACUAGUCUUCUUGGGCCUGCUGUACUUUGUCCAGGGCAUCCCCUACGGUCUUCAGUCCUCCCUGCUUCCUGUCUACCUGCGAGGAGCUGGUCACUCCCUCACCCGCAUCGGCUUCACCAAGAUCCUCUACUUCCCCUGGGUCCUCAAGGUGCUCUGGGCCCCUUUGGUGGACCGGGUCGGUACCAAGCGUCGCUGGCUGGUGGGGACAGUGUCUGGGCUGGCACUGACAUGUCUCUCCAGUGCUGCACUGGCCCCAGAGGCACACAUCUGGGGAGUAGCAGGGACCCUGUUGGCCAUGAACAGCCUAGCCUCUGUCCAGGAUAUUGCUGUAGACGGGGCCGCCGUGGGGUUGUUAAAGGGUCGAGGGGAGCUGGGGCUGGGCAACACAGCCCAAGUUGUGGGCUAUAAAGCUGGGUCGGUGUUUGCUGGAGGUGGGCUGCUGGCUGUGAUCGACGUGGCUGGAUGGAGCUGGAUGUUCAUGCUGCUGACGUUUGUGUACGCAGGCGUAGCUCUGUUCGUGUGGGGGGCCCCUGUGCUGGAUGAUGAGACUGUUAGGGGCCAGCAGGCAGAUGGCAGCAGAAGGGGGGGGCAGGGAGCUGAUGCUAUGAGGCCAUGGAGGGUGUGGAGGAAGCUGCUGGCAGUGCCCGGCACCCCUUGGACAGUCCUGUAUGUGCUUACAUACAAACUGGGUGAGCAGGGUGCCGUGACCAUGUUUCCUCUCUUCCUGUUGGAUCACCACAUGACGGCCCGAGAGCUCAGCUUCUGGAACGGCGUCAUCGCCAUGGGCUUCUCCAUCUGCGGUUCCUCCCUGGGAGGCCUGCUGCUCGCUCAGUUCAGCAUCGGGGCUCUGAUGCGACGUGUGUUUGUACUGCGAACUGUCAGCAUGGUCUUGCAGAGCUCUCUACUCACCGUGCUGGAGCCAUCACCACUCAUGAAAGGUAUGGCCGUCCUGAGCAUGAGUGUUCAACACUUCCUGGGCGGUCUCAUCACCACGCUCACCUUCACUACCAUGAUGCAUUGCACUCAGAGGGCCGAGGAAAGCAUUCAGGCAACCCACUACAGUUUCCUGGCGACUCUGGAGGUGCUGGGGAAGCUGACAUUCAGCGCUCUGGCCGGAGGCGUGGUGGAUUGGUUCGGGUUCCAAGUUGCCUUCCUCUUCUUCCUUACCCUCUCCGCCGGGACGGCCCUGCAUGUGUGGACAGCUACCUUCACUGGUGCUCUCAGGGAACACCAGCUCAAAGAACAGCCCAAAUGAGAUCAAGAUCAGGGCUUUAAAGGUCUUGAUACUUUGCGUCUGCAGGUGCUGAAAAAAUGUUGAAAUAACUUGAGUUUGACACCUCAAAAAUCUAUGAAUACUAAAUAUAAGCCUAAUUACUUCAGCAAAUCUUCAUAUUAAAAUAAGUUUCUUGUUUUGCCAUAUUUUAGGAGAAAUCAGCCAUGCAAAUACUCUGAUGUUACAGAGUAUCUUUGUUGUUUUAUUUUCAAUUUGCACAGUCAUUUCACUGGCAAAACUGGCCUUACAUUUGAUUUAUUAAGCAUUUGAAAUGUGUAAAAAUGUCUUAAUAUUGAAAGUAGUGUGAUGAAACUUGCAGAUACUGUGUAGGUAGGGAUGAGCUCGCUGAGUUUUCUUGACAGGAUGGGAUCAUUUAAACUAUGUGAUUUAGGAUUUAGUGUGUUGGGCAGUGGUGUACUGUCUUACGGUACGCACUGUGCUGAAAGUUGAGAAGUACUUUGGAAAAUAAAUCAAAGCUGUUUUUAUCAUCUGAGCCAUUUAAAUGUUUUUAAUAAGCCAGCAAUAAGAGCUCCAGCCAAAAGCAAUAUUGCUACCCUGUGAUGCUUGUUCUAUCAUAUUGUACUGUAUAUAAAUAUGUUCGUCAUUCUCCUGAGUUGUAUGGUUUACAGUUUUAAAUGAAUGAAUCUCUACUACCUCGUAUCAAUAUUGUAUGGUACGAUACACAGGAGGUGAAUGUGCAGUAGCUGUAUCAACUACAGUAUACUAUACAUUCACUCACGAUUAACAGUUGUGAGACUUUCACUAUGUUACAGAAGCUUCAGCAUUUAUCCAAAGUAGGUUAUUCUGCCAGUUUAUUAAUCAUAACUACUUCCUGUUUUUCAGAGUAGAAAAUCUCCCUCAUAGGUUAAAAUUUAAAAAACGCUCAACCCUGAACAUUACCUUACUUCCUGUAGGGAACCUCAGCCUUACACACUGCAUGGUGCCAUCUUGUUGUCGUUUUUGAAUAAAAUUUUAAAAAAUCAGUCUUAUCAAUAAAGUCAGAAAAUAAGCCUGUUCUUUAUUAAACUUGAAAGACCAAUGCCAGCGGCAAAUUUCUGCAAACAUUGUUUCACUUUUGUGUUUUAAGUUUUAAAAAAUGCAAAAUAUGUACUAUAUUAUAUACUGUAACUCUCCAUGGUACUGUAUACUAUAGACGAUAAUUCUCUUGAGGCUUAAAAUAUGAUUGAAACAACAGCAUAGAAAAGGAGAUAAAUAAGAGGGGGGUGGAUUGGUUUAAAUAAAUAGUUUUCUCUGCAAAUGUAUCAAAACUAUAAAAGCUGGUCACCUGGUUUCACCCACAUAAUAAAUAAAGGGAUGCCAUACCACAUCAUUACUGGUCCAUCCAUGUAGCCAGCAGUCUCUGUCAUGCACUGACUUGUAGAACACAUGUUGCUAAGCACAUCUCUUGUCUCUCAGCUACUGUGUUGCCUGAGAUUUGCACAAAAGAAUUAAAG